GGCUACGGUUCGCUGGUACGAACACUAUGGACAACAUUACAACCGUUACUACUGGUCUGAUGAGAAAUAUUAUGAAAUCAAACAACGCAUUUUGAAAUAUGGUAAUGAAACAUUUCCCAAAGGACAACAUGCGUUGCCUUUUACCUUCAAGGUCCCUGACAGAAAAAUGCCGUCUUCCUUCAAGUCAGGGACCGGUAGAAUUGUUCAUAAGGUUAAGGCAGAGCUCAAACAGUCAAUGAAACUGACAAAGGAAGCUAAAGUCCACUUUACCUUUGUCUCUAAAGCUGACAUGGAUAUACACGGACUCAUGUUGAGAAGUCUGUUUAGAUUAAUUCAUGAAUAUAAUCCUCAUUUAAUCGUUUUGUCUCUCAGGAACCUCAGCAUGAGUGCACUGAUAAAAGUCUCAGCGUCUUUGGCUCCGGAAAUGUCACAAUGUGAAGAUCUCCGGGUCAAAGUUGUAGUCCAUAACCAAUCGUCUCGUGCGGUGAAGCCCAAAAUGGUGUUGUACAAAAAGAAGAGCUUCUUUGCCCAGGGUGAAAGGAAACAUUCCACCAUGGAUAUUCUUGAGGAAAAAGCGGAGUCGAUCAACGCGUACAGCAAAGAGACGGUGAACAUGGUGAUAACCAUCCCCAGAGAGCUGCCGUCAUCCAUUUUGAAUUGCGGCAUCAUCAAGCUGGAAUACAGGCUGAAGAUCAUUCUGGAUAUCAAAUAUGCAAUCAACCCAAAGAUCAAACUUCCAAUCGUCGUCUUACCCGCCUUGGAUGUUCCUGACAUUAAACAACCACCAGGUCCCGCAGCUGCCUUUGGAUUUUAAGCAUUUGGGAACUCAAACCAACCAACCUGGAGUCAAACACCCUGGUGUUUAACAACAACAACUCAACCUCUGGACCUCCCUCCACCAUAUGAAUCACACGCAGCGUACCCUUUAGGUGAUGCUGACAAAUAUGAACGUUUUUAGUAAAUCUCCUUCAAUUGACCUACUUCUUUUAAACAAAAGACCUGAGAGGCGCCAACGAACACCACAACAGACUAAAGAACAGCUCCUGACCUCUGAUGAUGCUCUGGAGCAACGGAUCCUAAUCCCACCAGCUCUCGUCCCCAUCCCUGCACGGGGAAGACUUAACUUGCACACCUGUACCAACUGUGCCGAACUGGGCUUUUAUUUGGUUUGGUUUGGUUUGCUGUGACUGUUUAUCAAUUCUAUUUGCAUUACAGGAUCACAAUUCAUUUUAAACGAUCUGUCUAGGGUACACUUUUUAAUGAUGAAAAAUUAUACCUACGUGCGAUUAUCACGAUUAAUUUUCACUUAACUAUGAACAAAAUGCAUUAAAUCGCGAUUAAAUAAUUUAAUCGUUUGACAGCCCUAAUAAUUAUCUAUAACCUACUUACAGUUUCCAACCUUGUCAAAUGAUAUGAAACCAUGUGUUAAGCACAAAGAACAUUGUUUAUUUAACACAUAAGUCUCAGACUUACUUCAGGCUGAUUAGAAAACACUAAUCAAAUAGAGUGCAUAAGAAGGGACUCAUAAAUAACUGACAAAAAAUAAAUAUUAAUAUAAUUUUGUUGUGGUAAAACAAAUACAUUUAAUUUAUAAUGAAUAUGUUUCCUAAAUAAACAGUCAAUGAAAUUUAAGUGCAAAUAAAAAUAGUGUUUAACCACUGUAGUCAUAAUUUUUGAGCUCAAAAAACGUUUAGCUCCAGACUUUUUCUGCUG